UAAAUAAUAAACAGUUUUAUUUUUAUUUUACUAUUGAGUAGUUUGAAAUAUCAUUGAUUGCGUCAAAAGGUGUAGGAGUGGGUAAAAAAAAUCAAGAAAAUAUAAGUUUAAUGAAUAAAAUAAACGAAUACACGGGUGCUGAUAUGUGUUAGGACUUUUCCACGCGCUUGUUUGGUUCCGACAAAACUAUACAAAGGUGCGAAAAUGCCUACGUGCGCCGUGACAUGGUUGAAUUGUUGGCGGAAGAACUCCAUAUCCCAGAAUGCCUUGGGUUUUGCGCAUGCGCACUUGGUUCCUCCUCUCAGCUGUGAAGCUAGGUAAACAAACUGCAGGAGGAGAGACCGAGACAGACAGAGAUAGAAAGAGAGAGAGCGAGAGCACGCAAGCAGCGAGGACUUUGCAGAAGCUGGGCUUAGUGGGGAAUUUUUUGUUUUUGUAUAGUUUGUAUUGAUUUUAUACACUUUUUAGUCUUUAGUGGUUUCUUAACUUUUACAAUUUGAAGUGUUUUUUUUUUUAUUUGUGCUAGUUUGCUAACCGAACUAAAGCGGAUAAGAGAGAGAGAGAUAGACGGAGAGGAAAAAUUAAAUCAAAACCAAGUCGGAAUUUUGGUAAUUAGAGCCAGGAUAUUUAAUACAGAGCAUUUUUAAAAGAUUUUUCUACAUUCUGGGAUAUAUAUCCAGUGCUAAAGUGUAACACUUUGGAAGCAAUAUCGUGUUAUUUUUUUGCUAAACCCAUCUGAACGCUAGAAACAACAUGACUGCGGUGCUGAACAUCCAGAGGCUACUGGAAGCUGCUGAGUAUUUGGAGAGAAGAGAAAGAGAGUGUGAACAUGGAUACGCCUCGACGUUUCCGUCUAUUCAGAGCUCCAACAACUACCAGAGACAAAGAAAAUUCCGGAAUAAAAAGCACAGCAGCAAUCACAACAGGUCAACACACAACGAGUUGGAGAAGAAUCGACGAGCCCAUCUGCGUCUUUGUCUGGAGCGAUUGAAGGCACUCAUCCCGCUGGGACCCGACUGCAACCGUCACACUACGCUGGGCCUGCUUAACAAAGCCAAAGCACAUAUAAAGAAGCUGGAGGAGGCGGACCGGAAGUCUCGGUACCAGCUGGAGAGUUUGGAGCGGAAGCAGAGACACCUCCGGAGGCAGCUGGACUCCCUUCGGGGGACGUGUAAGGCUGAGAGGGUGCGCACAGACAGCGUGGGCUCCACCCCGUGCUCCGACCGCUCCGACCGCUCCGACUCGGACCAAGAGGAGAUUGAGGUGGACGUCGAGAGCACCGAGUUCUCCCAUGGAGAGCUGGAUAGCGUGAGCACGGCCAGCACCAGCGACCUGGACGACCACAGCAGCCUGCAGAGCCUGGCCAGCGACGAGGGCUACUCCUCCAGCAGCAUCAAGCUCGCCUUCAGCUCGUAGACGCGUAGCACGGACAGGCGCACACGUACAGUCCCAGCAACAGCGACUACCAACCCUCCACACCAACCCACUCCUCUCCUCUCGACCACUACCGAACCCCUGCCAGAAUCCGACAGGUGACCAGAGCACAAGCCGCCGCCUCACUCAGAGCAGCGUUCUGAUUGGCUGAUUGAAUGUACACUGCCUUUAAUGGCUCUCUCUCUCUCUCUCUCUCUCUCUCUCUCUGACCAAACACGGAAACGCAUUUUGCCUUUCGUUUCAAUUUGAUCGAAUUGAUUUGUCUCUCUCAUCUUCCCAGUUUUUUUUUUUUUUAAACGGUUUGUGAUCUGGUUACCUGUUGGAACAUUCUGAAGCACUGCGAAUC